AUGGGUCUGAAGGAGAAAAAGUUUGCUGUGUCAUCUCUUACUAUUUUCUAUGGCUCCAUCAUUGUAUAUGUCUUCAGCCAAAAAGAGUUUCAGGAGACUACUCUGCUGGAGUGGGGAAAGAACCUCUGCAAUCCUCAACAGCAAGGAUGCAUUACAAAGAUAGGGAAACCUACCACUUCCCAUCCCUUUAUUUCAGUCAUUCUGAUCAAGGACAUCAGCUCUGCGCCCAUCAUCUUGUCCAUGGGAUGCCGGUGUCCAUCUCAUUCCCACACAUACUCCCAAGUUCCCGAACAUGCUGUUUUGGAGCCUACUACAGAUUAUGCAUUUGAGAUGGCUAUUUCAAAUAUCAGAUACGGAGAAGGAGUUACUAAAGAAAUUGGCAUGGACCUGCAGAAUAUGGGCGCUAGAAAAGUCUGUGUGGUGACAGAUAAGAAUCUUUGCAAGCUCCCCCCAGUAAAAAUGGUAUUGAAUUCCCUUGCAAAAAAUGGUAUAAACUUUCAAAUGUACGAUAAUGUCAGGGUGGAGCCGACUGAUCAGAGUUUCAUAGAUGCUAUCUCAUUUGCUAAGAAGGGAGGGUUUGAUGCUUACAUCGCUGUCGGUGGCGGUUCUGUAAUAGACACUUGUAAAGCAGCCAACCUGUAUGCAUCCAGCCCUGAAUCAGAGUUCCUGGAUUAUGUCAAUGCUCCCAUUGGAAAAGGGAAGACUGUUACAGUGCCCCUUAAGCCACUCAUUGCAGUUCCUACAACAGCUGGAACUGGAAGUGAAACCACUGGUGUUGCCAUUUUUGACUACAAAGAACUGAAAGUAAAAACUGGCAUUGCCUCAAGAGCCCUUAAGCCCACAUUGGGUAUGAUUGAUCCUCUGCACACUUUGUCUAUGCCAGAGAGAGUAGUGGCCAAUACUGGCUUUGAUGUGCUUUGCCACGCCUUAGAAUCAUACACAGCUCUUCCUUAUAAGAUGCGCAGUCCUUGCCCUUCAAAUCCAAUCAACCGGCCGGUUUACCAGGGAAGCAAUCCGAUCAGUGAUGUCUGGGCUCUCCAUGCACUGCGUAUUGUGGCAAAAUAUUUGAAAAGAGCCAUCAGAGACUCUGAAGACCAUGAAGCAAGGGCUAAUAUGCACUUAGCAAGUGGUUUUGCCGGUAUUGGUUUUGGAAAUGCAGGUGUUCAUCUUUGCCAUGGAAUGUCUUACCCUAUUUCUGGCUUGGUGAAGAAUUACAAAGCAAAGGAUUAUAACGUGGAUCAUUCUCUAGUGCCACAUGGACUUUCGGUGGUGCUCACAUCACCAGCAGUGUUUGCUUUCACGGCGCAAAUGCACCCUGAGCGGCACUUGGAGGCUGCAGAGAUACUAGGAGCUGACAUCCGCACUGCCAGAAUCAAAGAUGCAGGGCUUAUUUUGGCAGACACGCUCCGGAAAUUCUUGUUUGAUCUGAAUGUUGAUGAUGGCUUAACUGCACUUGGUUACUCUAAAGCUGAUAUCCCUGCACUAGUCAAAGGCACUCUGCCUCAGGAAAGAGUGACUAAAUUAUCACCACGACCCCAGACUGAAGAAGAUUUAGCUGCUCUCUUUGAGGCUUCCAUGAAAAUGUAUUAGCUUAAAUAUUUUAUAAGUGUGUUCUUUAAUGGCAAAUAUAGAGGUAACUUUUUGUAGACAUAGGAGCUGUACUGACUCUGAUAAUGACAGAAGUUGGACCCUGUCUGUUUAUGUGUAUCACUUCCUGCCAAAAGGUCAAAUAAUUCACAUUCAGCUCAGAUCUGUCUUGUGAUUUAGUAGCUUACUGUGUAAUUUUUAGCUCAGUAAUCAAUGGGCACAUGUAUAUGCGCUAGACAUCUGCUCUGAGGCAUGCUAAUUAGCACAUGGAGCAGACUUGAUGGAGUCUGCUGGAGCGUGCUAAUUAUCACCCUCCAACA